UUGGUUACUCUUGUCUGAGUGAAGACUGCGCGGGUAGGCUGUGCACGCGGGUCAUACAUUGUUAUUAAAGAUUGCUUGCAAGUUACUUACGGAAACAUUUCUAACUUCGGUAGCUAGUUGAUUCAAAACUAAACAACAAUGGCAGAUUCACAGGACGACAAGCUUUACAAAGCGGAGUAUGCAAAAAGUGGGCGGGCAUCUUGCAAGAAAUGCAAAGAAAAUAUUGCUAAAGACUCCCUCCGAAUGGCAAUAAUGGUGCAGUCUCCCAUGUUCGACGGUAAAGUUCCACACUGGCAUCACUUCUCCUGCUUCUGGCUGCGGGCAGCUGCGCAGUCACCGGCAGACAUCUCUGGUUUCUCGGACCUCCGCUGGGAGGACCAGGAGAAGGUGAAGAAAGCCAUUGAGAGUGGUGGAGCCACUGGAGGAAAGAGUGGGCAGAAAGGAGGAGCCAAAGGAGAGAAGACUCUGAAUGACUUUGCAGUGGAGUAUGCGAAGUCAAACCGAAGCACCUGCAAGGGCUGCGAACAGAAAAUAGAGAAGGACCAGAUCCGCGUGUCCAAGAAGUCGGUGGACCCGGAGAAGCCGCAGCUGGGCCUGAUCGACCGCUGGUACCACACGGCCUGUUUCGUGAGCCGGCGGGAGGAGCUGGCCUUCCGGCCCGAGUGCAGCGCCGCCCAGCUCAAAGGCUUCGCCGGCCUCAGAGCCGAGGACCAGGACGAGCUGAAGAAGAGGCUGCCCGCCGUCAAGAGCGAAGGAAAGAGGAAGGCAGAGGAAGUUGACGGUGAGGCAGCCAAGAAGCAGAAAAAGGAUGAGAAACAGGAGAAGCAACUUGAAAUGCAGUUGAAGGAGCAGAGCCAGCUGAUCUGGAGCAUCAAGGACAAGCUAAAGAAUUUCUGUUCCACUAACGAUAUGAAAGAGCUGCUCAUCGCUAAUGACCAGGAAGUCCCUUCAGGCGAGUCAAACAUCGUGGACAGUCUAGCAGACUGCAUGGCCUUUGGAGCUCUGAAGCCCUGUGAGGAAUGCCAGGGCCAGGUGGUGUUCAAGAACGAUGCAUACUACUGCAACGGUAACAUCUCCGCCUGGACCAAGUGUGUGUUCAAGACCCAGACACCCAACCGCAAGGACUGGGUUACCCCCAAGGCGUUCCAUGAGGUUCCUUUCCUCAAGAAGUUCAAGUUUAAGCGUCAGGACCGGGUGUUCCCGAAAGUGGAGGCCACGCCCACUCCAAAGACCACAUCAUCAUCUGCCAGCGCCUCCAGUGCCCCUCCCGAACGCACCCCUGACCUCGUGCCAUCAGACAAGCCCCUGACGGGGAUGAAGCUCCUGGCCGUGGGGAAACUGGGGAAGAACAAGGACGAGCUGAAGGCUGCCGUGGAGGAGCUGGGAGGGAAGAUCACCGGGACGGCCAGCAAAGCUUCGGUCUGCAUCAGCUCCAAGAAGGAGGUCGAGAAGCUGAGCAAGAAAAUGGAGGAGGUGAAGGAGGCAGGCGUGCGGGUGGUUUCUGAGGACUUCCUGACUGACAUAAAGUCCUCUGGCAAAGCCCUGCAGGAGCUCAUCUCCCUGCAUGCCAUUUCCCCCUGGGGGGCGGAGGUCAAACUGGAAACCCCCGCCCCCACCACAGCCUCCAAGUCCAGCGGAGCCAAUGCUGGGAAGAGCACAGGCAGAGUCAAGGAGGAGGAAGGUGGUGCCAAAGCCAAGAAGAUGAAGCUAACUGUUAAAGGAGGGGCUGCAGUGGACCCAGAUUCAGGACUGGAAAACUGCGCUCAUGUCCUGGAUCAGAAUGGUAAGAUCUUCAGUGCCACCCUGGGGCUGGUGGACAUUGUCAGAGGUACCAACUCCUACUACAAACUGCAGCUGCUGGAGGAUGACGUGCAGAAGCGGUAUUGGGUAUUCAGGUCCUGGGGUCGGGUUGGCACCACCAUUGGAGGAAAUAAGCUAGACAAGUUCUAUGACAAGAAUUCCGCCAUGGACAACUUCUGCAACCUCUAUAUGGAGAAGACUGGGAACUUAUGGACCUCCACAAACUUCACCAAAUACCCCAACAAGUUUUACCCACUGGAGAUAGACUAUGGACAGGAUGAGGAAGCUGUAAAGAAGCUGACGGCCAGUGCAGGUACAAAGUCCCAGCUCCAGAAACCCGUGCAGGAGCUCAUCCGGAUGAUCUUCGAUGUGGAGAGCAUGAAGAAAGCCAUGGUGGAGUUUGAGAUUGAUCUGCAGAAGAUGCCCUUGGGAAAGCUGAGCAAGAGACAGAUCCAGAGUGCGUACUCCAUUCUGAGUGAGGUGCAGCAGGCAGUGUCUGAAAAUGCUUCUGAGUCCCAAAUCCUGGACCUCUCCAACCGCUUCUACACACUGAUACCUCACGACUUUGGGAUGAAAAAACCGCCUCUUCUGAGUGACCUGGACUACAUUCAGGCCAAAGUCCAGAUGUUGGACAACCUUCUGGAUAUUGAGGUGGCCUACAGUCUUCUCAGAGGUGGAGCAGAAGACAAUGAGAAGGACCCCAUUGACAUCAACUAUGAGAAACUCAAGACCAAGAUCGAAGUUGUUGACAAAACGUGUGAGGAAGCCCAGAUUAUUCUUCAAUACGUCAAAAACACGCACGCUGCUACCCACAAUACCUACACACUUGAAGUUGAAGAGGUCUUCAAGGUGAAGAGGGAAGGGGAGUACCAGCGUUACCGUCCUUUCCAGGACCUGCCCAACCGGCAGCUAUUGUGGCACGGCUCCCGCGCGACCAACUAUGCUGGUAUCCUGUCUCAGGGACUGCGUAUUGCACCCCCCGAGGCCCCUGUGACUGGUUACAUGUUUGGCAAAGGUGUGUACUUUGCUGACAUGGUAUCGAAGAGCGCCAACUACUGCCACACCUCCCAGUCUGACCCCGUGGGCCUCAUUCUGCUGGGAGAGGUCGCCCUCGGCAACAUGCAUGAACUGAAGAAGGCAUCACAUAUCACAAAAUUACCUAAGGGUAAACACAGUGUGAAAGGUUUGGGUAGAACUGCUCCAGACCCCAGUGCCACAGUCAGUUUAGAUGGGGUACAGGUGCCCCUGGGUAAAUGCAUCAACACCAAUAUUGAAGACACAAGCCUCCUCUACAAUGAGUAUAUUGUGUACGAUGUGGCACAAGUGAACCUGAAAUACCUGUUGAAGAUCAAGUUCAACUACCAGACAUCCCUCUGGUGAAGUCAUCGCUGAAGACUCAAGCCGGCCAGCCAGCACCAUUGCCCUGCCAGGGCCUUCAAGUCCCAUCCCACAAGGCAGACAUCCAUGAUCAAGGAGCCAAUGAUGUCCAAGACCCAACCAUUUUGUUUUUGUUUUGGCAGUUUGAAAUCUCAACUAUUCAGAGCAUAUUACCAUAGAUAAUGGCUUGGAAUAGAAUCUGUUCACGGGCAAGAUUUGUACUUCUCAUUUGUUCAGUUUGCGCUUGGAAAAUAUAGUUAACCUUGAUUUACAACUAUAUAUAGAAUACGUCCGAGUGCACCUUUAUAGGGUGGUUUAGUUUAGAUAUCUGUCAAGAGCGAGAACUAGAAUCUCUUUGAAGGCUUACCUUGGGUAACAAUCCAUUUUAAAAAGUUACAUUUAUCACGUUCCUGUACCAAUAGGCCUAGGUAGGUAGCAGUAUUCUCAGAUAUGAUUCUCUCAAUGUGCAAUGGUGUCCAAGGUCUGUGGGAAUAUUGCAUAUUGUCAUAAAGAAGGGAUUUAACACCCUUUAAUGGUUUGGUGGGUGAAAUUAGUACAUACAGUGCAAUUGUAUUUUUGCUCCUGCCAAUUGUUGGAAAAUGACAGUUGACAAAAAAGAAGUAACCUAGGAUUAACAGGAAGCAAAGUUUCUGUGGUAUUAAUCUGUGCAUUCAGGAAAGGGUAUUCAUUUAAUGAACAGAUUCAGUUUCUACUGAAAUUGACAGUAGCUGACCAUUAUUACUGUAGUAUAUCUAGUAUAAGUGUUAGCAGAACCACGUUCAUAAUAAAAGUGCAUACAGGGUUGCGCUUGUAUUUGUUUUGUUAUAUUUGUUUUCUUUGCCACAAAGACUGAAACGGUGAUAUAAUUAAAAUGUUUCUGUCUACUGCA